AUGCGCCCUGGUCUGACCACUGCGCGGGCCAUUGCCAGUCUCGCUCUCGCUCUUCCGCUCUCGCACGCCUUAUCGCCGCGGACGGAGAUAUCUGACUCGUACGACUUUGUUAUUAUCGGCGGAGGCCAAGCUGGUCUCGUGGUCGGUGGUCGCCUUUCAGAAGAUUCGAAUCAUACCGUGCUUGUCCUCGAGUCAGGCGGCAAUGGGGAUGACUAUCGAGAACGGAUAGAUACCCCGGCAUACGCCUACUUUGAUUCCCUCUGGACGACCCCUUUGAACUGGGAAUUCUAUACGGUCCCCCAGCCCAAUGCGAAUGAUCGCGAGAUCUACUGGCCUCGCGGCAAGGUUCUUGGAGGCAGUUCCGCCAUCAACGGGCUGUAUCUGACCCGCCCGGGCGAAAUCGAAAUCAAUGCGUGGAAAGACAUGCUGGGGAACAUGGACGGUGCCGACAAUUGGGGUUGGGAUUCAUUCUACGCGGCGAUGAAGAAAAGCGAGACAUUCACUGCCCCAUCUGACAGCAUUGCCCAAGAAGCAAAUAUUACGUGGGACUCAUCCGACCACGGCACGGAGGGCCCGAUCCACGCAUCGUAUCCUACCUUCACGUUCGCUCAAGUUGGCCAAUGGGUAUCAUCUUUGGUGAACAUGGGUAUUGCCGCUUCCCAGGACAUGUAUGGUGGUCAGCCCUGGGGUGCUGAGGUUUCAACCUCAACCAUCAACCCUACGAACGGGACGCGGUCCUACAGUCGCACCGGAUAUCUUGACUCACUUGCAGACCGGGGUAACUACGAUGUGCUGGCCAACGCCCAUGUCACCCGCAUUCUUUUCGACAGCUCGUCCGCGGCUGGUAACCUCACAGCAAAUGCUGUUGAGUACACAAUAGAUAACGGAACGACGACACUGACAGUCAAAGUCAAGAAGGAGGUCGUUCUUGCAGCUGGCACAGUCGGUAGCCCGACUGUCCUGCUUCAUAGUGGGAUUGGCCCUAAGGACGUCCUAUCUGACGCUGGUGUUGAUCUUGUUUCUGAACUUCCUGGUGUUGGCCAACAUCUGCAAGACCACCUAAGUGCUACUGUAAAAUGGACUACCAAUGUCGAGACCGCAGGUUCAAUAUUUUACGAUGACGGCAGCGAAAAGAAUAAUCCGCUCUUUCUCACAUAUAUCGACUCUGCUGUUGCCUACGUGAACGCCACCGGUAUGUAUGGCAGUCAGGUCGAGGAAUUCGAGGCCAGCAUUCUGGCUCAAAUUGAUCAGUACAAACCGAACACGACUUACGACGACGGCGUGAUCAACGGAUACAAGGCAAUCUACAACACGACAGCAUCAACAAUAUUCAACAGCCCGAUUGGUCAGAUCGAGCUCCUCCUUAUGAAUAGCGACGCAAACGGCGAUUUCGGUAUCACGGCAGCUCUCCAGCAUCCUUACAGCCAUGGUCGUAUCUACAUCAACUCCUCGAACCCAAUGGACUAUCCGGUCAUUGACCCGAAUUAUCUUUAUAACCCAGUUGAUCAUGCAAUUCUGCGAGAAGGGCUGAAACUUGCACGUCAAUUGGGUGAAACUGCCCCUAUCAGCAGCACCCUCACAAACGAAACAUCACCAGGCACUUCCGUCCAAACGGAUGACGAAUGGCUGGACUGGAUAAUGGAGUCCGCUGGUACCGAAUUCCAUCCCUCGUCGUCCUGCGCAAUGCUCCCCCGCGAUCAAGGUGGCGUAGUUGACGCAAAUCUUCGCGUAUACGGCCUUGCGAAUGUUCGAGUCGCGGACGCUAGUAUUCCUCCAAUUGCCUUGUCCACGCAUUUGAUGGCUUCAACGUAUGGUAUUGCCGAGCAAGCGAGCAACAUAAUUCGCAAAUACUAUGAUGCAGUGAGCUCGACGACACAGCCUUCCUUCACCUCUACAACCUCCACGACCUCCACGACCUCCAACACUUCAAAAAGCACCACUGGCUCUGGGAGUCAGAAAAAUAGCAGCCCCAAAGGUACCGGAUACUCUAUCAUGUCGCUCACCUGGAUACCCUUGCUUAUUGCUGCUGCUCAUGUGUUCGGCGGUAUGAAUUGA